AUGAAGAACUUAGUUGAUAUCUCUUUGUUUACCCUUGAUAAGCACACGACUUCACAGGGGUAUAGGCUGCUGUGUCCUAUAACUGACAGAGUUUUUUGGAGCAAAGUGGUUUGGUGUAGACUUAACAUUCCCAAGCAUAGCUUCAUGAUGUGGUUAGCUGUACUAAAAAGACUCAAGACCAGGGAUAGAUUACUCAGGUUUCAGGUCAUAGAUAAUGCCGAUUGUUUGCUCUGUAGUAGAAACAUAGAAUCAGUAGACCAUUUGUUUUUUGAGUGUCCAUACUCAACUGACUGCCUGGAGAAAAUUAAACAAUGGCUGAACUGGAGUAUGAGAACAACAUUAUUAUCAAGAAUAAUUCGGUGGAUAGGAAAGGCUAAGAUUAGCAAGUUUAAGAAGAAUUUGUUUUCGGCAGUCAUUGCAGCUCUUGUAUACCAGAUUUGGCACAACAGAAAUUGUAAAUUGUGGCUGUCAACUUUGGAAAGUACUGAUGUAGCUGUGCUCAAAACUAAGGAUGCAGUUAAAUAUAGAAUCAUGUGCAUGUGGCCUAGGAAUGUAACUAAAAGAGACAUAGAUUGGUUUAAUGCUUUGUAA